AUGAAACAUCGCCUAUUAUCUUUAAAAAUAGAUAGUGGUACUCGACUUUCCAGAAACAUAUUUGGAAUCAGUGCACAGUUUAUUAGUAAAAAUGAAAUAAGAUCACGUAUACUUGGAAUGGUUGAACUUAAAGGACCGAAUGCAAGUGCAUCUAAUAUUCUUGCUAAAGAAAUCUUAUCAACGUUAACAAAGUAUGAUAUCCAAAUUGGACAAAUUGUGUCAAUUACAUCUGAUAAUGGGGCCAAUAUGAUAAAAACAACGAAGUUGUUAUCCCAAUAUUGUACAAACGAAGACGAUAUUGAAAUUUUUCAAAUAUCGAUAGAUGUACGUUUAGGUGAAAUACAAAUAUGCAGGUGUGCAGCUCACACAGCACAACUUUGCGCACUUGAUAUAACAAAAAAUGCAGAUAUUAGAAAAUAUUUGCUUCAGUGUCGCAAUAUGACUAAAUACGUUAGAAAACUAUCAAACGGGUAUAGAGAAAUAUUUGAAUUCAAAAAAUUACCAUUACCCCAAUUAGACUAUCCUACUCGAUGGGGAUCAACAUACCAUAUGGUUGAACGGCUUAAUAAAGCAAAAGACAUAUUAAGUCAUAUUGAAUCAGUAGAAAACAAAACGGAAGAUGAAAAUUUCGACGCCAAUAAGUGUUUUUGGAAUUUUAUGGCGAGCUACUCAACCGUUCUUAAUCCAUUACAAAAAACUAUAGUCAAGUUUCAAGAAGAACAAUUACAUUACGGAAAUUUUUAUGCUUUGUGUCUAAUGGAAAGUAUAGAAACAAGGACUCAUAAACUAUUGUCAAAUGCAAGCUUAGAUGCUUGCUUGUUUUUAGACCCAAGAUUUCAUCAAAUGCUAAAUGAUUCUCAGAGGGUUGAAGCUGUAGCUUAUUUAAAAAAAUUAUGGGAAAAAAUUAAAUCACAUGUCCCUAAACUUCUUCAUUCAUCUAAUCCAUCCCACUUAACGGCAACGGAAAGUGUACAGGUGCUGGAAGAAGAUGACGACGACCUUCUCAAUGAAUAUUUAGCUGCUAAUUUAGUACCCACUGAUGAAUGGAUUGAUGUUUAUUUAAAAAUUGAGAGAUUAAAUCUUCCUUUCAUGAAGGCUAACUUAAAUGUAUUAAAUUUUUGGAAAGAAAGACAGUGCAGCGAUCCAGAACUUUAUGCACUUAGCGGCUUUGCCAUUCCGCCAACACAAGUCAUCAUAGAACGUGCAUUUUCAUCAUUAAAAUUGAUUUUGGCAGAUAAUCGUAAUCGUCUUAAUCAUGACACGUUAGAAAAUAAACUGCUAGUAAAAUUUAAUCCCUCCUUUUUAGAUCAGUCAAUAGAAAAUUUGCCUUUAUUCGAAGAAAAUGAAGAUGAAUAA